GCUAUGUAUAUGAAAAAAAAAAAAUCGACUAUAAGCAGGUUUUGGUGACAAGAUAUUUACAAAAGCAAAGCCCAUCCCACGCAGUUUACCCAUUUUGCAGCGGAUCAUUUCUCGUAACCUAGGUUUUUUGUUUAACAACGAUGCAUCUGUACCAUUAAUCACUUUCAAUUGUGGCUGACGACAACAAAUCGAUUUCACGGUUCAAGAAAAUCUGUGGAUGGGCUUUAAACCUGCCAGGAGUCAGGAAAUAUUUAAAGUGGGUUCAGGAUGACAGACUACUCGGCGAGGCCUCAAUGGUAUACUGUCCUGGGCUGGCUUCUGUCCGCCGUCGCUUUCACAGGCAACAUCUUCAUCAUCCUUUUGAUUGCCUCGAAAACACGGCUUCAGUGUAAUACCAACUGGUUUCUUUUGUCUCUGUCCGUGGCAGAUCUUGGGGUCAGCUUGAGUUUAUACCCUGGCAUAUACUUCUGUUUUCCUAACAUUGAGAACGGUUGCCAAUACAUUUUGCUUGCCAUCUUUCAGUGGGUAUUCCUGUACGCCUCUGUAACCAAUCUAUGCGUGUUGGUAUUGGACCGCUACAUAGCUAUAGUCAAACCGUUUGUUUAUGGCAGGAUCAUGUCUAAAAACUGGGUUUUGGCAUUCAUAAGCAUGGCAUGGAUAGUACCGUCUGCAGCUGGUUUUGCGCCGUUAACUUUUACACAUUUAAAACACGGCAUCCGGUACUUCACUUAUGUAGUAGCGAUCGUUUUUGAGUUAAUUCCUUGGGUAAGCUUGUUGCUAGCCACGUCACAUUUGCUUUUUAUCGCCAGAAAACAUGUUCGCGAGCGCGUCACAGUCGCGGAACAGUUACGCUACAAUGAGUCCAUUACAACAGCAUCUGAAAACACGCCGCCCUCGCGUCAGGGAAAUAGGGUUCGAAACUCCAUUGCUUUCAUCAUUUUUGUGGUAACGUUUUACAUUCUUUGUUAUUCCUUAACUGCUGUAAAGAGCGUGUGCCAUGUUGUGACGUUUUGUCCAGAACCUAAGCCUAAAGUGGAACUGGCGCAGCAAUUACUGCUGAUUGCAAACUCUGCGUUCAACCCACUUGUCUAUGGCUUACUCAAAAACGACAUAAAGCGGGAAAUAAGGAAGAGUGUAGGUUGUUGCUGCUUUACGAGACAGCUCCCUUCCUUUCAAAUGGAACAGAGAUGCUGAUAUCUUCAGAAAUACACUGCAGAGGCCAGAUAAUAACUGAAAUUUUCCAUGAUACAGAUCGAAGAGCUUUCUUACUCAUUACAACAUUGCCCGUACAUUUCAAACCCUUACGGAGAAAAAAAAUUGCAAAAAAAGGUAGAUCAGUCUAAAAAAAGUUAAAAUUUAUUCAUUUUUCUCUUAGUUUCCUUGAUAUUUAUGUCAGUAAUUGUUCUGUGAUAAAAGUUUCUCCAAUCUUUGAUAAUGCCGAAAAAUUUAUUAAUGAGUAAGAUCCAUCUUCGCGUCCUUGUUGUAAAUAUUGCAAUAUUUCGGCAGUAUAUUAUGGACUAUGUAAAUCAGUGAUAAUUGAACGCUUAUCCUUGUUUUGAAACGGGUGUAGACUCAGAGUUCUUACCAGAUCUCUCGCUCAAGGAGCUUUACUUAUUUCAUUAUAGGAAAUAUUUUGAGAAGACUGUGAAAUUAAAUGAACUAGAAACAUAUGUGAAUUCUUUUAUUUUCCCCUCUGGCGUUUUCCAUUCAAUUCCCCUGCUAAUGAUUCACGCCUAUCAGAGGAAUAAAGGCGGCGUUCAGAA